UCUGUGAUGUGGCCACUCCUAUCGAAAACUGUGCCACGUGCGGCGGCGUGGGACCGACCUGUUUGACGUGCACUGAGAAUCUGCGCAUCUAUACGAACUCUGGCGGAGACGUUUCCUGCGAGUGCUCGACAGUCAUAGAGGACGAGAAUUGCUACGAUUGCACGCGCGUUGAGUACGAUCCCACUGUUUCAGUGUCACCGUCGCCGACUACGUCUCCGUCUCCGACCGUGACACUCUCUGCGCUGUGUUCGUUUGUGGAUGAACGCUGUGUGGGCUAUGAAUAUAUUGAUUUCGAGGGCACACCGGAGCUUAGUUGCACUGAGUGCGAGGUGGGCUACUCGACCACUGGCUUCAGCUGUGAAGACGGCACUCCUUCUAUUUAUGCGGACAAUUGCGCCGUCAAUGACUGUCAUACGAACGCGGCGUGCCUCAGAACAGCCGAAGGCUAUGACUGUAACCGUCAGGAACACUUUGUCGGCGAUGGAACCGAUUGUGCACCAUGUGCGGUUGGUUCUGUGUACUAUAGCGAGGGUGACCUCAAAGAGUAUACUUGCGAUGGAUAUGUUGAAGGCUUCGGAGUUUUCGGUGACGGGUCCUUUUGCCAUGAAUGCUAUGAAUUGACAGGCAAGGAGAACUGUGCCAGGUGCUCUUCGGGUGUAUACACACUUUGCAUCAGCGGAUAUGAGAUGGUAGAAGUGGAGGAGGGUUUCAUUUGCGAUUUCAACGAGUGUCUGGGCAAUAGCCCUUGUGGAGCCUACGAGAACGGCGUGGACCUUGGUAGUUGUACGAAUACCAAAGGGUCUUACAUCUGCGAUUGCGAUGACUUCUACUUCUGGAAUGACACUUUAUAA